UCAGCUCCACCUCAUGGAUUCACGGAACCUUACAAGAGUGUCAGAAUUUCUCCUCCUGGGACUAUCAGAGGGCCCAGAACUGCAGCCCAUCCUUUUUGGGCUUUUCCUCUGCAUGUACCUGAUCACUAUGUUGGGAAACCUGCUCAUCAUCCUGGCUGUCAGCUCAGACUCCCACCUCCACACACCCAUGUACUUCUUCCUCUCCAACCUGUCCUUGGUAGACAUUUGUUUCACCUCUACCACCAUCCCAAAGAUGCUGCUGAACAUCCAGACACAGAGCAAAGUCAUCACCUAUGCAGGCUGCAUAACCCAAAUAUAUUUUUUCAUACUGUUUGGCAUGUUGGAUGACUUCCUCCUGACCAUAAUGGCUUAUGACAGGUUUGUGGCCAUUUGUCACCCCCUGCAUUACAUGGUCAUCAUGAAACCCCAGCUCUGUGGCCUGCUGGUUCUGGUGUCCUUUAUCAUGAGUGCUCUGAAUUCCUUGCUACAAUGCAAGAUGGUGUUGAGGCUGUCCUUCUGUCCAGACUUGGAAAUCCCCCACUUUUUCUGUGAACUCAACCAGAUGACCCAACUUGCCUGUUCUGACAAUUUUCUUAAUAACAUGGUAAUGUAUUUUGCAACUGUGCUACUAGGUGGUGGUCCUCUGGCUGGGAUCCUUUAUUCUUACUCUAAAAUUGUGUCCUCCAUUCGAGCAAUCCCAUCAGCUCAGGGGAAGUAUAAAGCAUUUUCCACCUGUGUGUCUCACCUCUCAGUUGUCUCCUUAUUUUAUGGUACAAGCCUAGGAGUAUAUCUUAGAUCUGCUGGUACUCACAGCUCACAGUCCAGUGCAAUAGCCUCAGUGAUGUACACUGUGGUCACACCCAUGCUGAACCCCUUCAUCUACAGUCUCAGGAACAGAGACAUAAAGGGGGCUCUGAAAAGAUUCUUUAGGGUGUCUGGUAAAUUAGGGACCAUCAUCCUGAAUUUAAAAAUAUUACUUUGAUUUCUUGGCUCUAAGAGGGAAACCAGAAAGGUUUUCUUUAAUCAGAUUUUGGUUUGAAAACUUGCUCUUUUUUCUCUGUUGUAAUUUCCAUUUCUUUGAGUUCAACUUCUCCAUACAAUUUAAGUUACCAUUGUAUUAAGCUUUAUACCAGACACUUUUUUCCUUUCUCCCUAUUCUAAGCUCAACAUAGUUUUUUGUACAUGGAUCAGAACUCUUUGCAAAUUACAGUUUCACAGCAACAUGGAUUUCUUAAGAAUCAUAUCUUCUGAAAUGACGUACAUUGUUGUAAAUAAGUUUUUCUUGUUUUAUAGAUACAAUGGUCAUAAGUUGUAUUACCAUGUGAAAUAAUUUCACUUUGUUACUCACACCAUUUAUAUACUUUCAUUCCAGGAAGAUUUGAAACCUGUUUUAACUUUUGUGUCCCUCACUCUUUAUACACCAGUACCUUAGCAGCUCUUCCUGAGGAUAAAGACUUGAUCAUUGUUUCCUGUAAGUUCAGCCUGUUGACAGUGAUGCUACAGGAUAGGAAGGCCUGGGCACUGGCUUUGGGCCCUGCUACUUGUUCCUCAGACCACAGUCAAUGUUGUGGAUGGAUGGCCCCGUGUGGUCCUUACUAUAAUUGCAACAACCAUCAGGGAACUCCGAAAAUGUAAAGUUUAUUUCUCAUUGGUCCUGGAGGGUCACAGCAUCCUGAGGGCCACAGAAAGUCUAUCAAUGUUAGGCAAGGAGGAGGAGGGAGAGAGAGAACAGAUUGAGUUGGGUGGGGAGGCUUGGGUGCUUCCCUAGCAACCUUAUUACAGAGCUGGCAGGAGGAUUAUUUCACAUGAAUGCCUUUUAAACAGAUGCCUCAUGCAUCAAAAGUGUAAUGUCACUCUGUCUGGUGUGGCUUAAUGGAUUGAGCACUGGCCUGUGAACCAAAGGAUUGCUGGUUCAAUUUCCAGUCAGUGCCCAUGCCUAGGUUGUAAGCCAAGUCCCCAGUAAGGGGCAUGCAAGAGGUAA